AGGCAGAGGAUCUGCAUCCCCGCCGAUCUCCCACCACCGAACACUGGCACCCGCAUUGUUCCGAGCUCAACGCACGAGCACCCGCCAUUAACUAUUCAAGCUUCACUUCGCUCUGCAAUUUCUCUGUAAGAUCGAGGCAGAGCGUACGCAGAAAAGCAAAGCGCGCGAUUGUGUGCCGAGAUGGCUGCGGCGCUGCUGCCGGGUACCCGGAUAACGUUCUCUGGGGCGUGGCAGCAGGUCCGUGGCCCGGUGAUCGUGCCGCUGCUGCGCGCGUCCGUGCUGCUCUGCGUCGCCAUGUCCGCGAUGCUGUUGGCGGAGAAGGUGUACAUGGCGGUGGUCGUCCUCGCGCUGCGGCUGCUCGGCCGCCGCCCCGAGCUGCAGUACCGGUGGGAGCCCAUGCGCGACGGCGACGACCCCGAGCUCGGCAGCGCCGCCUACCCCAUGGUCCUUGUGCAGAUUCCCAUGUACAACGAGCGCGAGGUGUACCAGCUGUCGAUCGGGGCGGCGUGCGGGCUCUCCUGGCCAUCCGAUCGGAUCAUCGUCCAGGUGCUCGACGACUCCACAGACCCUGUCGUCAAGGAGUUGGUGCAGGUGGAGUGCCAGCGCUGGGCGAGGAAGGGCGUGAACAUCAAGUAUGAGACCCGGAACAACCGGCGCGGGUACAAGGCCGGCGCGCUCAAGGAAGCCAUGAAGCACGGCUACGUCAAAGACUGCGACUUGGUGGCCAUCUUCGACGCCGACUUCCAGCCGGAGCCCGACUUCCUGUCGCGCUCCGUCCCCUUCCUUGUCCACAACCCCGAUAUCGCCCUCGUGCAGGCCCGUUGGAAAUUUGUGAAUGCAGAUGAAUGCUUGAUGACAAGAAUGCAGGAGAUGUCCUUGGACUACCACUUCAAGGUGGAGCAAGAAGUGGGCUCUUCGACCUAUGCCUUUUUUGGAUUCAAUGGAACCGCUGGUGUGUGGCGCAUAUCUGCUCUGAAUGAGGCAGGUGGCUGGAAGGACCGAACCACAGUUGAAGACAUGGACCUGGCUGUCCGAGCAAGUCUCAAGGGAUGGAAAUUUGUGUACCUUGGUGAUCUCAAGGUAAAAAAUGAGCUCCCUAGUACGUUCAAAGCAUUUCGGUACCAGCAACAUAGAUGGUCAUGCGGGCCGGCAAAUUUGUUCAGGAAAAUGGUGAUGGAGAUCAUUAGAAAUAAGAAAGUGACACUUUGGAAGAAAAUCCAUGUGGUCUACAACUUCUUCUUUCUGCGCAAGGUUGUCGCACACAUUGUGACCUUUGUGUUCUACUGCCUUGUUAUCCCGGCCACGGUCUUAGUUCCCGAGGUUGAGGUACCAAAGUGGGGUUGCGUAUAUAUUCCAGCUAUUAUCACCCUUCUCAGUGUUGUUGGGACUCCAAGGUCUGUUCACUUAGUUAUUUUUUGGGCACUAUUUGAGAAUGUUAUGUCAUUGCAUAGAGCAAAGGCCACCUUCAUCGGUCUAUUGGAGGCACACACGGUGAAUGAAUGGGUGGUGACAGAAAAGCUUGGUGACACUGUGAAGACUAAAAUGCCAAGUAAAGCUUUGAAAAAGCUGAGGAUAGGGAUAGGAGAAAGGUUACAUCUUUGGGAGCUUGGUGUUGCAGCCUACCUCUUCAUUUGCGGAUGCUAUAGCAUUUCAUUUGGGAAUAACCAUUACUUCAUCUUUCUCCUUAUGCAAUCCAUCGCUUUCUUCAUCGUCGGUGUGGGCUAUGUUGGGACAUUCGUCACACAAUGAUGGUAUCCAUUCUGAGUUUAACAUGUCUUCGAUGCUUUCAAGUUUCAUGCUAUAUAAUAUAAUCAAUAUGAAAGAUAAGAUCAAGAAGCCUUCUCUUGAGUGUAAUGUCCUUUGACAAAAAUGCAGUAGCAACACAUCACAUAGGUAUAUGGGUGUGUUUUAGCUGCUAGGAAUGUGUCGUACGCAUGAGAUCGGUGAUGAUCAAGCAAGUUGUCUAGAGUAUCUGCAUCACUGUAGCAAAAAGAAAUGAUCUUUUUCCAAGGUUCGCCAUUUUUCUAGACAGAUAAGCAAGAAAAAGUAUCUCCUUCCAUUGUUAAGGAAGAAAGUAAAGUGCGCGGUGUUUCCUCACCUUUGGCCCACAUCUUCAGUUAUAUCUUUUACCCUUUACCCCUGCUGAAUGUUAAGUUCAAUAAAUAAAUGCAUUUGGGAAUAUUUCCUUUAAGGCAAUUGUAUUUCAAACAGAGUUAGUAGCAUACAAGCAUUGCUUGUUGGAGACUAGCUUCUCUAUCUCUUGUUGAGUUCACUGGAUAAUAGGAGGGAGCACCGACGAGCACACACACAUGGGGUGGACCGGUACUGGGCGUGAGCAUCACGUGUAUACUCGCUGGCACUCCCUUCUGUUUGAUAAUGAGAUGACUAUUAUGAAAUUUUUUGGAUUAUAUUACUGAGCCUUGUGGGCAAGUACAUGUGGUGGUACAAAUUUGUAAGACAAGUGACCUAUAGACUUGGAGUACAAGUAGAUACUCUACCAUUCUAUAAAUGGGGCUUGAUAUCUUCACUUCAUCAUGAAUAAAUGAGAACUAGCACACAUCGCUAUGGAUGCUGCAACCACAAACAUGUUUUCUGCAAUUGCUACCGAAACAGAGCAACUGAAGCAAACCAUCGUAUGUACUACGAAUAAUAGGUAGCCCUACCCCAUGCAGAGUUUGUGAGCCGUGUAAUAGGCGACCAUUUGCGCGAUUUGUGAGGCACUUGAAUAAGCCGCAUGCACCUAUUUUAUCAUUAGAAUAUAAUCUAUCACUAAUUUGUAAUUUCGCUGUGUACACGACAUUUGUGUAUUCUACCCUAGUUGAUGUGGUAGCAAUGAUAUGUAUCCAAUGUAUCUAUAUUUUUUGAUUGUUCUAUGUUGUUAUACUAUCAUUCUUGGAUGUUUUACAAU